AUGUCAAAUAAAAAUCAUCUAGUAAAUUCAAGGCCACCAAGUUAUGGUACGAUUUCUUCACAUGGACAUCCGCAAGGAAAUAUAGAACCACAUCUAUCUUUACCUACAGCAUUUCUAAACCACAUACACCAAUAUCCAUAUUCUUCAGACAGUCAUCAUCUACAAUAUACAUCAUUACCAAGAAUUAGUGGUUGGAGUUUAGUAUACUUAUUAAGAAGACCUUCAUUCUUUUUACUCUCAAAGUUGGUAAAAGUUAAAUUUUCAACUAGUGGUAUUUUAACAUUACUUUUAAUCGGAUUUAUUGAAGAAUUUGUAAGACUUGUUUGGUUAUAUUACGCACGUGAAGAUGCUUCGACCGGUAACAAUAUCUAUCAAGAAUUUUUAAUAGCAUACUGGUUAGGUUUAGGCUGGGCCACCGCAGAAGCAAUUUAUUUUAUUAUACAAAAUUUUAUUGAGAUUAGAUGGUAUAAAGAGGAAGCUGGUUUAAAUGGUCAAUAUGCGGAGGAAAGACGGGAAUUGGAAGAAAUUUUGGGAAGACCAUUAACCAAAGUAUCUGCUUGGUGGGCAUUCGAAUCAACACUUGUUUAUCCAGCAGCGAUUAUUCAUGGAUUAUUACAUGUUGUUUGGGGAUACUGUUUACCAGUAUUUGGAAUUCCAAAAGUUAGUUAUGGAACAUUGAUUUUAACCUUGUCUAUGUUUUUAAUCGGAUUGGCAUUGUUUGGACUAAUCGUUUAA